UGCCGCCGCCGCCCUGGUGGAAGCAGCAGCCUCGGCCCCCACCCCAGACCCGGAGCCUCCGCGCCGAGACCCCGGCGAGCCCGCGGGACAGCCUCGGCCUCGGGACACCACCCCUGGCAGACGCUGCGCGCUCCUGGCCUCCUGCGCUGCCCCCAUGAAGAAGACCAACAUGUGGUUCCUGGAGCGGCUGCGGGGGUCCGGGGAGAACGGCGCGGCGGGGGGCGAGGCGGGAGACAAGGCCUCCAAGGGGCCCCUGUACAGCAACGUGCUCACGCCCGACAAGAUCCCCGACUUCUUCAUCCCCCCCAAGCUGCCGGCCAGCCCCGCGGAGCCGGAAGGGCCGGCGGAGCAGGGCCCGGCCGCCGAGCCGACCCCGGCCGCGGCUUCGCCCCGCCGCGCCCCGCGGAGCCCCCGGCUGCCCGCCAAGCUGGCGGCCGAGAGCAAGAGCCUGCUGAAGGCGGCCACCCGGCAUGUGAUCCAGAUCGAGAGCGCCGAGGACUGGCCGGCCGAGGAGGCCGCCACCAACGCCGACCCCCAGGCGCAGGGGGCCAUGUCCCUGCCCUCCGUGCCCAAGGCGCACACGUCCUACGGCUUCGCCACGCUGGCCGAGAGCCCGCACACGCGGCGCAAGGAGUCCCUGUUCCACAGCGAGCACGGCGCCCUGGCCCAGGUGGGCUCCCCGGGGGCGCGGCGCCGCAAGGGGGGCGGCAAGGCCAACGGGGGCGACGGCGCGUCCCGGGAGGCGGGCGGCGCGCUCAUGAGCCCCAGCCGCUACUUCAGCGGCGGGGAGAGUGACACGGGGUCCUCGGCCGAGUCGUCCCCGUUCGGGUCCCCGCUGCUCUCGCGCUCCGUGUCGCUGCUCAAAGGCUUCGCCCAGGACAGCCAGGCCAAGGUGAGCCAGCUCAAGCACUCGGUGGGCCGCCACGGCUCCCUGUCGGCGGACGACAGCACGCCCGACACCAGCCCGGGCGCCCGGCGCCGCCUCACUCGCCGGGCCGCCCCGGAGCCGGGCGGCGCGGAGCCGGGCCCGGUGCCCCGCGCGGAGCACGCGGUGCGCAUGGGCCCGCGGGGCAGCGUGCGGCUGCUGGCCGAGUACGAGGCGGCCCAGGCGCGGCUGCGGGUGCGCCUGCUGGCCGCCGAGGGUCUGUACGACCACCUCUGCGAUGCCCGAAGCAUCAACUGCUGCGUGGGCCUGUGCCUGGUCCCCGGGAAGCUCCAGAAGCAGCGCAGCACCAUCAUCAAGAACAGCCGCCACCCCGUCUUCAACGAGGACUUCUUUUUCGACGGCCUCGGGCCGGCCAGCGCCCGGAAACUGGCCCUCAGGAUCAAGGUGGUCAACAAGGGCAGCAGCCUCAAGCGGGACACGCUGCUGGGGGAGAAGGAGCUGCCCCUGACCUCCCUGCUCCCCUUCUUGUAAAGGCCCCCCGGCUGCCGCCCUCCGUGCCUCCCGCAGGUGCCCAGGGGAGACCCACCUCCCCUCCCCACUCGGAUUCCGACGGGCGGGCGGCAGGAGGCUCAUUGGCUGCGCCAGGGCCCGGGGGGGGGGGG